UAAAAAUCCAAAUGUCUCUUCCUUACCCUCGGUAUAGGCUUUCUCCUGAGUAUUUUAAUUAUGAGCAGAAUGAAGAUGGGACUUAUGAACUUGAAGAUCCUGAUCCGAUAAAUCAGAAGAUGAAGUUAUCAUUGAAGUUACUAAGUAGGCAGAAGGAGCUUAAAUAAGGAAAUAAAGAGGCUUAUCAAAAGAAAGAAGCAGAGAAAAAUUAAUUUAAAAACCCAGUUACAUAAUAUCCAGAAUAUUAGAAUAGAAAGAAAUGCUUCUGUUCAGCCAACUCCAGCUCAGAUAAAGCCAUUUCAAGCUCAAAUCGUCAACAAUUAUUAUAAAUCUCGAAGCAAAUUCUUAAAAGACAUGAAUCACACCAUUAACCAUCCUGAACCUUCCCAUUCCCCCAUAAACCCAUACCUAACCUCCCUAAACCCCCCUCCCAAGCCUCAAAUAGACACCAACAAACUUCGCUUAAACUUAAGAAACAUGUUAAUCCAAAAAGACGUCCUCAAGCACAACCUGAGUCACGAACCUAAAGAAGAGAAUCUGCGACUUGACGAAGGCUGAAGGAUGAUCGGAAGAAGAGACCAGCUGGCAGAUUAUCUGUACAAUAGGUUGGUUCAGAAGGAGAAGGAUUUUGGGGAAGAGGACUGGGGGAGAAGGAAAGAGAGGAAUUAUGGAAGGAAUACGGUGUUUGGGAGGAGAGAGGGUGGGAUAGGAGAGAUUGGAGGGAGGAGGGAUAGUACUGCUACUCUUCCUUCAAUUUAG